AUGCUGAAGACGAAGUUUUGUUUGGACAACAAAAGCAAAGGAUGUUUGCGAGGCAGCAAAUGCCCUUAUGCACAUUCUGCAGAAGAGUUGAGGGCUUUGCCAGACUUGCGAAAGACCAAGAUCUGUGCUGCAGUGCUUGCGGGCAAGGCCUGCAAGAACCAGGCCUGCCGCUACGCGCACUCCGAUGAAGAGCUCCGGCUUACAUGCCACUUCGCAGAAUACAGAACGCGGGUUUGCCGGUUUGCGAAGGAGCAGGGGGGCCGGGGGUGUCUGUACGGCUCGCGGUGUCCGUACGCCCACAGCGAAGCGGAGUUGAGGGUUUUGGGAAAUUCAGAUUCUUUGCAAGAUUUAAAAAACAAUCAGCAGCAGCAGCAGCAGCAGCAGGAGCAGCAGCAGGAGCAGCGGAGCAGCAGCCCCCCGCUGCGCCCCGAGGAAGCGGCGCCCCAGCAGCUGCGGCCGUCCGUCGGCGAAACAGCAGCAGCAGCAGCAGAUGCGCAGCAGCAGCAGCAGCAGCAGAUGCAAGACAUGCAGCAGCAGCAGCUCCAAGACAUGCUGCACACGCUGCAGCAGCAGCAACAGCAGCAGCAGAUGCAAGACAUGCAGCAGCAGCAACAGCUCGAGCAGCAGCAGCAGCAACAGUCCGUGACCGGAAAGCAGCAAAGUCUCUCCGAGCAGCAAAAUGACCUCCAGCAGCAGCAGCAGCAGCAGCACGAGCUUCAGCAUCAGCAACAGCAGCAGCAGCAAAAGCAAGAACGCUCCGAGAAAGAGCCUCAGGACACAAAGCAAGCAGCAACAGCAACAGCAACAGGAGCAGCAGCAGCAGCAGCAGUAGAGACACAGCAAAUGUACUCCAAAGCGAGGAAGCAGCAGCAGCAAAAGCAGCAGCAGCAGAAGCAGCAGCAAGGAGGGGCUCACUACAUUGCACCAUAUCCGCUGCACAGCAGUCGCGUGCCUUCUUCAACAGCAAUCUCUGCAAAAGGCGCUGCAGCAGCAACUGGCGGGCCCCGCCCGCGGGGUUUGGAUACGUUUGACGUGCAGCAGCAACUGCUGCUGCUGCAGCAGCAGCAGCAGCAGCAGCAGCAACCGGCCCCUGCUGCCUUCCCCUCCCUCUGCCCUCCAGGAGGCCUCCUGGGGGGGCCCCUAGGGGGCCCCCUGGGGGCCCCCUUAGGAGACCCCCUGGGGGCCCCCUUGGGGGCCCCCCUGGGGGACACACUAGGGGCCCCCCUGGGGGACACACUAGGGGCCCCACUAGGGGGUCCCCUGGGGGCCCCUCUAGGAGCCCCCCUUGGGGGCCCCCUAGGGGCCCCUCUAGGGGGCCCCCUAAGUACCCCUCUUGGGGGCCCCCUGGGGGCCCUUUAUUGCAAUGCUGUGGGGCCCCAGCAGCAAGGUGCUUACACACCAGUGCUGCCACAGCUGCAGCAGCAGCAGCAGCAGGCGUUUUUGUCCCCUCUCGCUGCUGCUGCUUCUCCUGCUAUUGCUGCUGCUGCUGCUGCUGCUGCGCCUGCUGCAGUUGGCCCUGCCCAGGCCCCUCUGGGGCCUCAGCAGCUCGACAGAAGACCCCAAGCAGCAGCAACAGCAGAAAAGGGGGCCCCCGGGGGGGCCCCCCUGCAGCAGCAGGAAGCAGCAGCAGGGACAGGUAUUGACGGAAUAUGUUCAGAGUUGGUGCAGUUGCAGCAGCUGCAGCAGCUGCUGCAGCAGCAACAGCUCCAGCUGCAGCUGCAGCAGCAUCUUCAGGACCAGCUUUUGCAGCAGCAGCAGCAGCAGCAGCAGCAGCAGCAGCAGCUAGAGGCGCUGCAGUGGGGGGCCCCCAACCCAGGCCUCUCGGGGGGCCCCCAGGCCUUGGGAGCAGCAGAAUUAGCAGCAAUUAGUUCUCUGGCAAUGCGUCAACUCAACAUAAGUUGA